ACUCUAAAACACUUUGGUGGCAUCGACAUCUUUGUCUCGAAUGCGGCGGUCAACCCGGCAAAGAGCCACAUCCUCGAAACGUCGGACGAGGUCUUUGAAAAGAUUCUGGCCGUGAACCUCAUCGCGCCCUUCUCCCUCUCCAAGGACAUUGUGCCGCACAUGGUGAAACGGGGCGGCGGCAACAUCAUCUACAUCGGCAGCGCCUCCGGGUACAUGUACCAGGGGGCGCAAAACCUCUCGGAGCGGAUGGCCGCCUACGCCAUCUCGAAGACCGCCCUGCUCGGCCUCACCAAGGCAGUGGCUGGAAAGUGCGCCCCGCUCAACAUUCGCGUCAACUGCGUCGCUCCGGGCCUGAUUGAGACGGACUUUGCCGUCAGCAUCACCGGCAGCCCCGACUACCCGGGCAGCUUUCUCCCGCUGCAGNCGGCAACAUCAUCUACAUCGGCAGCGCCUCCGGGCGCCCCGCUCAACAUUCGCGUCAACUGCGUCGCUCCGGGCCUGAUUGAGACGGACUUUGCCGUCAGCAUCACCGGCAGCCCCGACUACCCGGGCAGCUUUCUCCCGCUGCAGACCAUCAAGAGAAUCGGCCGCGCCGAGGAAGUGGCCGGCAUGGUCGCCUUCCUCUGCAGCAAAGACGCCAGCUACAUCAGCGGCGAGACGUGCACGGUGGCCGGCGGCAAUGGUACGCGACUUUAG